AUGGUGACUAAAGAAGAAGCAAGUAAAUGGAAAUUAUCUGACUUAGAGCUACUUGAGACCGUCGGUACCGGCACCUUUGGCCGUGUUCGGAUAUGUCGCUACAAAGAAUCCUCGAAAUUCUGCGCUUUGAAGAUCAUGAAAAAACAAGAAAUCCUGCGAAUGAAGCAGGUUGAUCACACUCUUGCAGAGGCUAGUAUCCUUAGUGAAAUUUGUCACCCUUUUAUUGUUAAUAUGCUUAAAGGCUAUAUGGAUGAGGAACAUCUCUAUAUUUUAAUGGAAUAUAUCCCUGGAGGGGAGUUGUUUUCGCAUUUGCGGAAGGCAGGUAAAUUUCCAAACGAUGUGGCAAAGUUCUACUCCGCUGAAGUGAUCUUAGCUUUUGAGUAUCUACACAGCAAAGAGAUCGUGUACCGGGACCUUAAACCAGAAAAUCUUCUUCUUAAUCAUGAUGGGAACAUUAAAAUUACCGACUUUGGCUUUGCAAAGCGCGUAGUAGAUCGGACAUUUACUCUUUGUGGCACACCAGAGUAUUUGGCCCCCGAAAUUAUUCAGGGGAAGGGCCACGGAAAAGCGGUGGAUUGGUGGGCGCUUGGGAUUUUACUAUAUGAAAUGCUUGUAGGCUAUCCACCUUUCUUUGAUGAGCACCCGUAUAGAAUCUAUGAGAGAAUAUUGGAGGGUAAAGUGUUGUUUCCACACUGGGUGGACGCAAAGGCGAAAGAUUUAAUUAGGGGGCUUCUUACGCCAGAUUGCAGCCGACGUCUUGGUUGUAGGAAGCGUGGUGUACAGGAUAUUAAGCAUCAUAACUACUAUGCUGGCGUUGAUUGGGAUGUUGUGUUUACAAGAAAAGUGAGUGCACCAAUUCCGAUUCGAUUUCACAGACCGGGAGAUACGCGGUAUUUCGAUAAGUACCCCGAAAGUCCACACCAGCCUCUUCGCGCACUUACUUCGGCUCAGCAAGAGGUUUUUGCUAAUUUUUGCGAUGGAAAUUAUACACAGGAGUAA